UAGUUGUACUUGUAAUACACCAUUUCCUUCCGAUUCCCUCUCUUUAUUCGCCUCUUUUGCUUUGAAUUUCAAAAGAGGUUUUUCUAUUUCUAUUUUCUUUCAACUUCCCAAAAUUCAAACUCCGUUUCUCCCUCACCGUUAACAGAAAAUGCAACCUCCGAUUCGUAACCCUAGCCCCCCUCACCGUAACCACCUCGAGUCUCUCAAACCGCUACUCAACGACUCAACCAAGCAGUUCUUGGCACAGCACCGGGCCGGCCGAACCGACUUCUCUGAUUUCGAGUCCAUCUUCACUCGCCUCCUCCAAGACCACCCCGAUCCGCCUCUCGAGCUCCUCUGGUUCUACUCCGCCGUCGUAUUCCACUCCUCCAAGCAAGAUUUCGGCGGCGAUCCCGUCAGGUUGACCAGGAGCUUGUUCCAGAUGCUCGUCCCUCUCUCCGAUUCUUUCUCCGGCGCCAAGAGGGUGGCCACGCUGUCUCCUCUCGUUUACAAUCUGAGUCGGUUGGUUAAGAGUAGGAGGAGGAGGGAAGAGGCUUUGGAGUUGUUGGAUGGGAUCGUGAACUUCGUUAGCGCGUAUUGUGGAGGUGGUGGUGAGGAUGGUUUGUUGAUGGUGACUGGGUUUAGUUUCGCUGAUUUGAGUCGGGUUUGGGUUGUGGAUGAAGAAGAAGCGGAAGAGAGUGAUUGUUUGGAGAUGUUCAUGCCGUUUGUUAGUGAAAGAUUGCGUAGAGAGGUUGGUUCCGAGUCUUGUAGCGUUGGUUGCUUGGCUGGAAUCGUAGCUUCUCAGCUUAUUUUGCUCAGUUUGUGCUUGAGAUUUGAUUCGGCGGAGUUACGAAAAGAUCUGCGAGAGUCUGUGCUUCAGAUGAUCUAUGGGUUCCAGCACAGCUGCUACUUCUUUGAUGGGAUUCUCAAGAUGCUUCUGGUGGAGCCGUAUCUGCAUCUGACUCCACUACUGGGCGCAGAAGACGAAGCUACUUUACUGGAAACCAUAACGGAAGCUGUGAUUGAAUCGGCGGAGAGUCUAUUCCUCAACACUGGAAGUGGAAACUCUCAAAGAAGUUUACAGUUGAAGAACAUUGCUAUCAACUGGUUGUUUCUUUUUGGCAAGGCUUCUCUUAGGAAAAUCGAAGAUCAAGAGGAAACCAGUAGGUACAUGAACAUGUUCUCCAAUUCACGUAUACCCUAUCACUUGGUCAACUGGGUGAUCAGUCAAGGUGAAGUGAUUAGACAUGUGGACACACUGCUAAACUCUACGCCUGCAUCCUUCAUCGAAUGGCUUGUAUCGCUUGAAGAGCAAGGACUAAAGGUGUUUGACUGUGACUACUCCAAGAAUUACGCGAAAACAGUGAUUCACUGGUCAAGAGCGGAUCUCAGUCUCGAAGCCACAUUGCUGAAACAACAAGAGGAGGUUGGUCAAGAUGCAGACAUGGAUGAUGAUCAAAUUGUUUCAUCCAUCUCAAUUAACAGCAGCAGCAGCACAAGAAAACGUAAAGAGGAGAGGCCAGAUAAGGAGGGUGAAACGAAAACGAAGCUCUUCAAACAUAGACACAACAACUUUCAAGAGAAGUCAAGAUUGCAACCUUUCGUAUUCUCUGAUCGCUUGGUGAAUGGGACUGAGGUUGGAGUUUCAGACAUGGAGCUCUGAGUGCUGAACCACCCACCCCCACUUGAAAGUCGGCUUAGAAAUGAAACCCCUACAUAUGGUUGAAAUGUAAGAACGCUGCAGAAGUAAUAAUUGUUGUCUAGAGAUUUUAACAAGUCACUUUGUAAACUUUUAGGAUCCUACUUAACCAAAAGAAAACUACUAUUGUGGAUCUUUAAAUCGUAAACUCUUGGGAAGUCCUUUAUAGACCAGCAGUGUCUUUGAAUUGUC